CGACCGGUCAAAGGUUACAUAGCAUAGCUAUGCGGAAGUUACCCCGUUUCGUAGCGUAGCUUUGUAAAUCUACGCACAAAAACUUUUAAACUUUCCCUUGAUACCUCUACUAAGACCUUAGAUGUCUUCUGCUAGCUUUGAAGACAUCUGAGCCUUUUAUUCUGUACUUUGAAAGAUAUCAGGGGCGAAGAAAACUUCGAGGAAGGAAAAAAAAAUAGAUAUGCGGAUGUCCUUUUACUUCGACACCGACGCGACCAUUUUGUUCAGCGGUUGGACGGUACAAGAUGCUCUCGGUUUGGGGUUCAGCGUUCUCGCCAUCGCAGCCAUGGCAGUGUUGCUGGAGGGACUGAAACGCUUCGUCUGGUGGCUGGGUAAGAGGAGGCAGAAGGACCCGCUGGACGUGAGGAACAACAUCCAAGAAACUCCCGACUCGCAGGGGAUGUCUCCUCUGCUCAGGUCUCUCCAGUUUCCACCGAGUAUAGAACACAUCGAGAGGAGGAGAUUAAAAUUCCACCUUGCCCAGUCCCUGCUGCAUGUACUGGAGGUGGUGGGGGCCUACUGUCUGAUGUUGGUGGUCAUGACGUACAACGGCUGGCUGGCCAUCGCAGUCUUCCUGGGCGCCGGCAUCGGCUACUUCAUCUUUGCUGGAAACAUGAACAUCAGAGUAGAAACUCCAGAGCAACAGCCCACAGCACAGAGGCUGUAAGGCCAUGUUGAUUUGAUUAUAUGGAUGACAUCCGC